AUCUCGAAUAUUCCGAAUGAUAUCAUAAUUUUAUCGAACAGAUGUGCGCGUCCAUUUGAAAUUCGCGCUCUUUCUAGCAAAUUCGAUUCGAGAGAGUUCUCUGCGUUUCUAGAAUGCGCUUUUUAACUCGCUUGCUAUUGGUCGAAUUAUCUGCCCCACCUUCGAACCGGCUUUUAGAGAUAAACAAAUAUAUAUGUGUAUGUUGCGUGUUCGUGUGUGUGUGUACACAUGUAUAAAUUAUCGUUCCUCGUUGAAUUAUUUAAAUGAACAAAAGUUGGAAUAAUAUAUCUGGAUUAUUAUACGGAUUUAAAAUGAUUAAAGGUCAAUAAAAAAUAUUUAUCGAUAGUUUAUUAAAAAGUCAACGUUUAACAAAUCGAUUAGUUUUGAAAUUAAAGAAGAGGACCAGAAGGAAAAUAAAUUGUUCGAACAUUUCUUGAAUAAUAUUAAUAAUAGAAAAAGAAUAGAAAAAAAAGAAAAAAAAAAAAAAAUAAAAUAAAAUAAUAAUAAAAAGAAAAAAAAAAAAAAACACUAUGUCUUUGUUGCCAAUAUUAUUUUCAAAUUGGUGGGAGAAUUUGGAUCGUCCUCAUCGUAUUUUUCAUCAACAUUUUGGCUUAUCUCUUAAUCCUGAAGAUUUGCCAUCUUCAUCGAUCCCAUACGAUACAAAUACGAAUCUUUUAAUAUAUAGACCUCGACGUUAUUUACAACAUCGUCAUCAUCUAUACGAAAGAGGUGUGACACGUAAAACAUCUGGUAGGUCGACCGUAGAAGCUGAUAAAAACAGGUUUCAAGUAACUUUGGAUGUUCAACAAUUUGCACCGGAUGAGUUGACUGUAAAGGUGAUAGGAAAAAAUGUUAUGGUCGAAGGUAAGCACGAAGAGAAACAGGACGAACAUGGUUUAAUAUCUAGACAAUUUCUCAGAAAGUAUAUCAUUCCUGAGCAAUGCGAUAUAGAUCAAUUAUAUUCUACACUGUCUUCUGAUGGAAUUCUUACUAUCAUUGUUCCUAAGAAGAUAUUGGCAUUAGAAGAGAAAGAAAGGAUCAUAAAGAUACAGAAUACAGGACAGCCUGCAUUGAAAGAUAAUGUGACAAAGUAUGAUGAAACUGAAAAGGAAAAAGAUUUGCAAAAUCAAAAGAGUCCAAUACAACAGAGAGAGCAAGAUAAAACUGUCAAAGCUGCUUAAAAAAUUAUCUAAAAUAGUUUUUUAAUCUCUUUACUCAUUUUAUUAUAUGUUAAAUGUAUUAUUUGAACUUUUACUAUUAAAUAAAACUUUAUAAUUUAUGAAAUAUGUAAA